UAUCUAGUGAGCCACAGCCAGUUGAGUCGCCCGCCGGAAUCACAUAAGUGCUCAAAUGGAUGCUAGCUAUCUCGACUAAAAGUAGAGAUCCACAUUGCUGGCAAACCUUAUUCUAUUUCCCUUCCCUUAUCAUUGAAAAGCACGGCACUCUUUGUUUUCAGCCUCAUCUUCACAACCUGUUGUGAUCAUGUGUUGUCAAUGACUCUUUCUAACAAUAACCAGACACUAACUUCACAUAAAAGUAAUCCCUAAAUAACUUCCAUAUUAAGAACAAACCACAGACUGCAAUUAAUAAAAAAAAAAAAUCAAACUUCAAUGAAAACCCAAACACAAACCACCAUGACUUCUUCUUUCCUUGUCUCUAAAAUCAUCUCUUCAUCUUCAAAACUUUUUUCAACUCAUACCAACAAAUACAAACUUCUUCAAAUCCUCCAUCAAAUUCUUUGCAUAGCUCUGUAUUGGAUUGUUUUCUUCCUUAGGCUUCUUCCUUCGCUGUACCCGAACCCAAAAACACCAUCCAAACCGUUUGAUGCUUUCUCUGGUAAAAGAGAUAAAAAUAUCAUUCAAGAAACAACUGUUAAUGGAGAUUCUACUAGUGUUUGUAGAGCACUUACACAAAUUCUUUCAAUUAUUAACGAAAUUCCAGUUAGUUCUCGGAAAUACGAACUUGUUCGUUCACUAGCAGAGAAAUUGAUCGAGGAUAAUCUCAAAGUAGGGUCGGAUGUUCUUAGAGAUAUCAAUUGUACAGUCCUUUCUUCUGCUUUUGCAAAGACUCUCCAGCAGCUUGAAUCUGCAGUCAUGGAGGAGGUCAAGGAGACUACUUUGAUAGGAUCGUCUGAACAUCGAUUGGACCGGAUUCUGCACAAAAUUUGGUCAUAUAGCGAACGAGCAUGGGCAUGGCUUGGUGAAAAUGCUGGUGUUCCUAAACCGGAUGCUUGGGCCGCUGAGAAGCUCGCAGCUGAGCUUCUCUGGUUUGCCAUGAAGAUGUCAACUUGUGGAGCUGUAGAUGUUGCGAUAUCAAGCUGGGGGUCAGCUUCUAGAUUGGCUUGGCUCUCGAUUUCAGCUGAGCCACGAGUUCAAGGUUCUCUCGUCAAAAUUUCAGUGUUCUUGUUGAAGGAGGCGAGAAAAAUGGGACAAACAGAUGAAAUGGAAAAAGAUCAAAACUAUGAUGAUGAAAACGUAAUGAAGAUGAUAGGGAAACAUGAUGAGCAAAGCGAGAAGAAGAUGAAGUUGUUGAUGUCAUGGUUGCCAUUCCUGUGCAGGGCAAGCAAAGGAACGGAUGCACCAGUCUUAAGCACCGGCGAUAGAGUGGAAGUAGAGAGAGCAAUUGAAGACUUGAUAAGUACUUUUAAGAAAGACCAACAAGAGAGAGUUUUAGCACUUUGGCUUCAUCACUUUACUUCUUGUCCACUCUCAGACUGGCCAAAUCUUCAGUCCUGCUAUAAUAGUUGGCUGGAUGCAUCACGAAAGCAAUUGGCUAUUUGAUGAACUACUGGCUGGUCAUAUCCCACAACAAGUAUCUUGCAGAAUACAUGUAUUUAUGAAGUACGAUGCAUAUGUGUCAGUGAUUCAUGUACACAUUUCGGCGAAAUGCUUGUCAUGCGCUUAAGAAACCUAGGCCUUACUCUAAAUUGCCACUACCAUCAUCACAAUUUGAAUUUCAAAUAGUGAACUGCCAGUAAUACCAAAUAUGUAUAUAAGAGAGCACUGUGUAUAUAAGAGAGCAUUAAGUCCAGCUAAAUAAAUGAAAAUCUAUUCUAGAUA